AUGGGAGCAUUCGAUAAAGUUUUUGGUUUAGCAUUAAUUCUUGCUGGAGUUACUAUUGCAGUGUACUAUACUCUAUGGGUAAUUCACAGUAUCCCAUGCGUUUGCAAGCAUUUUGGAGAUUUACCUGUGUUUUUAGAUCCAGUUUGGUUAUUUAUACUUCCAUCUAUGGCUUUAAUUGGCGGAGUUUCUUUCAUCUGGUUCUUCAUUUCAAGCACAAACAAGAAAAUUGCGCUAGCUAAAGCACAAGCAGCUGCUAAAGUAGCUCAAGAAAAGAAAGGAAUGUGA